UCAUGACCUGGGUGCUAUCAUGGCGGACGCCGAGGGAGGAAGUUUGGUGUAGUGUUACAAAAAGUUGUCAAAAACAGGGCGUUUUCCACCUUUUCUCCUCACAUCGGCGACUUAAUCAAUCACAACACCAAGUAGCAGACUUUCCGACAGCCAAGAAGUAGUCACUUGGGAACAGACAACAUCCAAACGGACGUUUCGAUAAGGUUUUCCUGGUAACGUUGUGACGAAUUUUUAGUUAGGACGUCAGUGUUUUUUUUCUUGUGUUUGUGUACACAAUCUUGUCUUGAGGGAAGAACCUGAGUCACUCUUACUACCCAACUCUUUCGUGCAAGAUUCCACAAAGAUGCUUCUAGCAGUCGCUGUGUUUUGUUCCACCAUCGUCGUCCAACUCUUCGGAGAAGGGAAAGCCUUAGCCUGCAGUAUCCCAGACAACAUCCCCAAUGGGAAGUUUGGGAUCAUGGAAAAGCCUGAAACUGGAGACCUCCCCUACCCACAAGGCACAGUGAUCCGGUACAAGUGCAACAGGGGGUACAGACUGGUCGGGCAGGAGGAGAGGACAUGUGAGGGGGGGCACUGGAGCGGAGAGACUCCAACAUGUGUGCAAAUAUGUAGUCACUUUGAUGAGAUCGACCAUUGCCAGAUCAACGUGGUGAGUUCCCGCUGUAUACAGAACUCCUACUGUUACAACGGGACCAUCGUGGAGUAUCACUGCGACCAGGGCUACUUUCAAAUGGGCCCUUCUCGCAGGGCGUGUGUCAACGGGCGCUGGACGGCCAUACAGGACGGCAGUUUUACCGGCGACGAUACUCCGCCAAGAUGUGUUGCCGAGUGCCCCAGCCCCAGUCCCAUAGAGAACGGCCUGGUGCUGAGUGGAGAGUCUGACCUGAAGGGUCCGUUCCUGGAGGGGAGUGAGGUGACGUACCACUGCAGCGGGGGGUACACUCUGAUUGGUCCCACCAUCAGGAGGUGUACCGGUGGAGCCUGGACUGAUCAGGACCCUCACUGUUGGAAAGUGUGUGACCCACCGGAGACCAUCACCCAUGGUGAUUAUGCCGACCACAGACAGACCUACCGAGAGGGUGAGGAGGUCCAGUACUACUGUUCCCCCAACUAUCGACUGGACGGAGACUCCAUCAGGGAGUGUCUCUCUACAGGCUCGUGGUCUGGGAUGCUGCCGCGCUGUGUGUGGGACCCCACAGCACAAGGAAAACCAUGCGAAGCACCUCCGCAGCCUGUCAACGGUUACCACGAGAAUCCGGACAGAGUGUACUUCAACCCGCGGGAAAUCGUGCACUUCUUCUGCCACGAUGGGUACAGGCUGGAGGGGAGUGAGACGAUGACAUGCCAGCCUAAUGGAACAUGGGGAGGGGGGCUGCCCAUCUGUGUGAUGAAUACCCACAGCACCCAUACAGACACUCCCAUACCCACGACAUUUAGCGAAACGUGGAGCAUCGUCGCUGCCUCUGCAGGCUCGGUUCUUGGCAUCCUCAUCAUCGCAGUCGUGAUCGUGGCGUGGCAGUGUCGUCCCGGGCGCCGCCGCCUGCUGACCGACUGCCCGCCGGGACACCCGUUUUACUUCAUGGACGAUAGCGACCAAGUGGGUCUGCUCACCAUGGACCCGGUGGCCCAGGGAGUACACAUUACCCUGCCUUCUUACGAAGAGGCCUGUCAGGAACAAGGUACACAAGAGCCGCCGCCCUUCCAGGCAGUAGUAGAGGAGGGGCUAAACCACACUAGUGAGGGAGGCGGGGAGGGAGUUCAAAACAACCACCACUCUUCACCAAACUUUCCUAACGCCGGAGAACACACCCAUAGAAGCCAAGUCAAUUUUGUUGCAGACAUGCAUUCACUACCUGGAGCCACAGUGCCAGAGAUGAACAAAAUUCUACGGGAGAUAGCGUAGCUUCGGUGGAAACAGCGCCGCUGAGUGAAGAGUCCAUGUCAACUUCCCGUCAGAGCACGUGUGGAAGUCUGUCAUCCUCAAAGGAAAGUCUAAUUGAGGCAGAAGAUGAUGCUCUGGAUAGGCAGUUGGAAGCCAUGACACCCAGGUUGACCUUUGACACUCAGGACGCAUGAUGCGCAGCUCAGGUGUACAAAAUACUAACUUGGUAAAAUUGCACCUUUCAACUCUGACCUUUGAACCUCACCCUGUUCCUUUCUCAGGGCAAAGGUUAGAGAGACAGAAACUGGCUCUAUGUCAUGUGUGUUAUGAUUAUUAUGUUGUGUUACUAUAAAUGGUGAGAGCAGCCGUUAAACCGCUUAUGAAGAUAACUAACUUGUGCCUGAUAGAUGUACUUUAAUUCAUUUAGAAUGUAUCAAAGGUGACACGUGCUGGUGCUCUAAUGAGCUUGCUUGAUAGGAAGAAAAUGAAAGGUCUUACUGAAACCUCCAAUGUCAAAAUCACUCACAGUGUUUAUAUCAGCUGGGAAAGUUAAGGUCUUUGCUGUGAUGAUUUGCAAAAUAGUUUAUUAAGAAAAGAAGAAGAAGAAAUGGAACAUUAUGUAUAAAUGUAUUCUUCUAUGUUGUGUUACAAACACAUGCAUGUAAAACGAUCCAAAACAGCAGGGGCUUUACCCAGAGGGCAUACUGUAUUUAAGGCAGGUUGACUGGACAUGUCACACAAUUGCCGGGUCAGGUUUUAAUAAUUCAAAAGGUGAAACACAAGGUGCUCAACAACUUAACAAAUAAAUAGUUAGCCCAAAUCAAGGCUUGUUGCCGUCCCUCGUAAUUGCAGGUUUUGCCUGUGUUUUAAGACUCUAUAACGAACGGUUGUCAGAAGGUGAUAAAAGCUUUGCUGUUACAGAAGAUAGCCUUAAGUGCACUUGCUUGACCUCCAAAAGCUGAAGCAGCCAUAAUUGCUGUGAAAUUAUCAUGGCUGUCUACACCAAUACAACCCUAUAGCAGCAUCAAAACUUUGAGUUUUAGGGUUGGCGUUACAUACUACUUCCAUAAGGGAGCGAUUGUUAACUCAAAUCAUAUAGGCAAAAGCAAUGAAUGAGAUUCAUAAAAGCUUUUCUUAUAUAUUAAUCAAGUUAUGUCUACACAAUUAUUGGUGCAGUUUUCAAAACACACGCUGUUAAAGAACAUACAAGAGUUACAAUUUGUUUUAGUCAUCUGGUGGUA